UCGGGGAGCGGGAGCGCGGCGCGGACGCGAAGCCGCCGGGGCUGCUGUGCCCAAAGCCAGCCGGAGCCGAGCCUGAACCGCAGCGCCAGCCAGAGCCGUGCCGUGCCGAGCCGCAGCCCGGGCCGGGGCCGGUGGCGGCUCAUGGACUGCAGGGCCCGCGGCCUGCGCUGCCCAGAGGCGGCCCUCCUGAUUCUGGAGCCUGCCCGGAUGGGGUCCCUGAGGCACAGCCCAGGCCCUGGGGGGCAACGGUUGCUGCUGCCCGCAUUGCUGCUGGCACUUCUGCUGCUGCUGGCUCCAUCCCCAGGCCAUGCCACUCGGGUGGUGUACAAGGUGCCAGAGGAACAACCGCCCAACACCCUCAUUGGGAGCCUCGCAGCCGAUUAUGGUUUUCCAGACGUGGGCCACCUAUACAAACUAGAAGUAGGCGCCCCGUACCUGCGGGUGGAUGGCAAGACAGGCGACAUCUUUACCACGGAGACCUCUAUCGACCGCGAGGGGCUCCGUGAAUGCCAGAACCAGCUCCCUGGUGAGCCCUGCAUCCUGGAGUUUGAGGUGUCUAUCACGGACCUUGUGCAGAAUGGCAGCCCCCGGCUGCUAGAGGGCCAGAUAGAGGUCCAGGACAUCAAUGACAACACGCCCAACUUCGCCUCACCAGUCAUCACGCUGCCCAUCCCCGAGAACACCAACAUUGGCUCACUCUUCCCCAUCCCGGUGGCUUCGGACCGCGAUGCUGGCCCCAACGGUGUGGCAUCCUAUGAGCUGCAGGUGGGGCCCGAGGCCCAGGAGCUAUUUGGGCUGCAGGUGGCAGAGGACCAGGACGGAAAGCAGCCGCAGCUCAUCGUGAUGGGCAACCUGGACCGGGAGCGCUUGGACUCGUAUGACCUCACUAUCAAGGUGCAGGAUGGUGGCAACCCCCCACGCGCCAGCAGCGCCCUGCUGCGAGUCACCGUGCUCGACACCAAUGACAAUGCCCCCAAGUUCGAGCGGCCAUCCUACGAGGCUGAGCUGUCUGAGAACAGCCCCAUAGGACACUCGGUCAUCCAGGUGAAGGCCAAUGACUCCGACCAAGGUGCCAACGCAGAGAUCGACUACACGUUCCACCAGGUGCCCGAAGUUGUGAGGCGUCUUCUGAGACUGGACAGGAACACGGGACUUAUCACUGUGCAGGGCCCCGUGGACCGCGAGGACCUAAGCACCCUGCGCUUCUCGGUGCUUGCCAAGGACCGAGGCACCAACCCCAAGAGUGCCCGAGCCCAAGUGGUGGUGACCGUGAAGGACAUGAACGACAAUGCCCCCACCAUUGAAAUCCGGGGCAUAGGGCUGGUGACUCACCAAGACGGGAUGGCUAACAUCUCAGAGGAUGUGGCAGAAGAGACAGCUGUGGCCCUGGUGCAGGUAUCUGACCGAGAUGAGGGAGAAAAUGCAGCUGUCACCUGUGUGGUGGCAGGUGACGUGCCCUUCCAGCUCCGCCAGGCCAGUGACACGGGAAGUGACAGCAAGAAGAAGUACUUCCUGCAGACGACCACCCCGCUCGACUAUGAGAAGGUCAAAGACUACACCAUUGAGAUUGUGGCCGUGGACUCUGGCAACCCCCCACUCUCGAGCACCAAUUCCCUCAAGGUGCAGGUGGUGGAUGUCAAUGACAAUGCACCUGUCUUCACCCAGAGCGUCACUGAGGUUGCCUUCCCAGAAAACAACAAGCCAGGUGAAGUGGUCGCUGAGGUCACUGCCAGUGAUGCCGACUCGGGCUCCAAUGCUGAGCUGGUUUACUCUCUGGAGCCUGAGCCGGCUGCCAAGGGCCUCUUCACCAUCUCACCUGAAACUGGAGAGAUCCGGGUGAAGACAUCCCUUGAUAGGGAACAGAGGGAAAGCUAUGAGUUGAAGGUGGUGGCAGCCGACCGGGGCAGCCCCAGCCUCCAAGGCACAGCCACCGUCCUUGUCAACGUGCUGGACUGCAAUGACAAUGACCCCAAGUUUAUGCUGAGUGGCUACAACUUCUCAGUGAUGGAGAACAUGCCGGCGCUGAGUCCAGUGGGCAUGGUGACGGUCAUUGAUGGGGACAAGGGGGAGAACGCCCGGGUGCAGCUCACGGUGGAGCAGGACAAUGGUGAUUUUGUUAUCCAGAACGGCACGGGCACCAUCCUCUCCAGCCUGAGCUUCGAUCGGGAGCAGCAAAGCACCUAUACCUUCCAGCUGAAGGCGGUGGACGGCGGCGUCCCACCUCGCUCGGCUUACGUUGGCGUCACCAUCAACGUGCUGGAUGAGAAUGACAAUGCACCCUUUAUCACCGCCCCUUCCAACACCUCCCACCGGCUGCUGACCCCGCAGACCCGUCUGGGUGAGACGGUCAGCCAGGUGACAGCUGAGGACAUUGACUCUGGUGUCAACGCUGAGCUGACCUACAGCAUCGCCGGUGGCAACCCUUACGGACUCUUCCAGAUUGGGUCACAUUCCGGUGCCAUCACCCUGGAAAAGGAGAUUGAGCGGCGCCACCACGGGCUGCACCGCUUAGUGGUGAAGGUCAGUGACCGUGGCAAGCCCCCUCGCUAUGGCACAGCCUUGGUCCACUUGUAUGUCAAUGACACCCUGGCCAACCGCACCCUGCUGGAGACCCUGCUGGGCCACAGCCUGGACACGCCGCUGGACAUCGACAUUGCUGGGGAUCCGGAAUACGAGCGCUCCAAGCAGCGCAGCAACAUCCUAUUUGGCGUGGUGGCGGGUGUCGUGGCCGUGGCCUUGCUCAUCGCCCUGGCCGUGCUCGUGCGCUACUGCCGGCAACGGGAGGCCAAGAGUGGCUACCAGGCUGGCAAGAAGGAGACCAAGGACCUGUAUGCUCCCAAGCCCAGCAGCAAAGUUUCCAAGGGAAACAAAAGCAAGGGCAAGAAGAGCAAGUCUCCUAAGCCCGUGAAGCCGGUGGAGGACGAGGAUGAGGCCGGGCUGCAGAAAUCCCUCAAGUUCAACCUGAUGAGCGAUGCCCCUGGGGACAGCCCCCGCAUCCACCUGCCCCUCAACUACCCACCAGGCAGCCCUGACCUCGGCCGCCACUAUCGCUCUAAUUCCCCGCUGCCUUCCAUCCAGCUGCAGCCCCAGUCACCCUCCGCCUCCAAGAAGCACCAGGUGGUGCAGGACCUGCCACCAGCCAACACUUUCGUAGGCACUGGGGACACGACGUCCACGGGCUCUGAGCAGUACUCCGACUACAGCUACCGCACCAACCCCCCCAAAUACCCCAGCAAGCAGUUACCUCACCGGCGCGUCACCUUCUCCGCCACCAGCCAGGCGCAGGAGCUGCAGGACCCGUCCCAGCACAGUUACUACGACAGUGGCCUGGAGGAGUCUGAGACGCCGUCCAGCAAGUCAUCCUCGGGGCCCCGACUCGGUCCCCUGGCUCUGCCUGAGGAUCACUAUGAGCGCACCACCCCCGAUGGCAGCAUAGGAGAGAUGGAGCACCCCGAGAACGACCUGCGCCCUUUGCCUGACGUCGCCAUGACGGGCACAUGUACCCGGGAGUGCAGUGAGUUUGGCCACUCUGACACAUGCUGGAUGCCUGGCCAGUCGUCUCCCAGCCGCCGGACCAAGAGCAGCGCCCUCAAACUCUCCACCUUCGUGCCUUACCAGGACCGAGGAGGGCAGGAGCCUGCGGGCGCCGGCAGCCCCAGCCCCCCGGAAGACCGGAACACCAAAACGGCCCCCGUGCGCCUCCUGCCCUCCUACAGUGCCUUCUCCCACAGUAGCCAUGAUUCCUGCAAGGACUCGGCCACCUUGGAGGAAAUCCCCCUGACCCAGACCUCGGACUUCCCACCUGCAGCCACACCGGCAUCUGCCCAGACGGCCAAGCGCGAGAUCUACCUGUGAGCCCCCUUCUGGCCAGCCGGCCAUCCCUUCCCCAGCCACCGGCCAGCUCCCAGGCGGGCCCAUGCCAGGGCCCCUGCUCCUGACCCCUCCAGCGUGGAUUUCCUGGCCAGGGCCCUGAGUGGGGGGGUUACUGGCCUCAUGACCACGCUGGCCCUUCCCCCAUGCAGGGUCCAGGUCUUCUUCCCUCACUUCAGCCCCCAAACCCUAGGGAGCCCACUCUUCCCCUUUAUGGGGCUCCCCCCAGCUGAUGCCCAAGAGGGCUCCUCUACAAUGACUAGGCUCCAGUCCCUCGACUUCCAGGGGUCACCCCCUCACUUUGGGCAGAUGGUAGAGUCAAGGGUGGGCAGCACACUUUUAACUCAUUGUGUCCCACAUGGCCAACCAGGGCGGGCAUAGGAUGCCCCCAUUCCAGCCCUGCAGCAGGGCUGAACUGGGGAGCCCCUCUCCCUGGGAACUCCCAGAGGAAACUCUUGACUGUCAGGGGCUCCCUGAAGGGCUGUUGUUACCAAAGGUGGGGUGGGAUGGCGGUGGGAGUGGGGCGGAGGCCUUGUCUUCCUGUACUGCUCCUGGGCUGGCCCACCUGCCUGCCGCAUGCCCAUGCCUGGUCCCAUCUGGGCCCCCCCCUUCCCACUGGUCAUGCAGUGUCUGUAUAUAAGGACCUUGGAAUGACGUCCCCAUUUCUGCCUGAUUUGCAACUUUUCUUGUUGAUGUUGUGUUGUCUCGGGGGACCCCUCUGGGGGGGGACCUGCCCUGCGCCCCCUCCUCCCUGCCGCAGUGCCCCCCACCCCAGGCCUCUAUUGUUCCAUGUUGUAAAUACCCCUGGGGCUGUGGCAGGAUGGGGGUGCCGGCCAGGGAAA